UGCUGAACUUUUUUUAUGUAAAAUAUAAAUCUCUUUUUAAAAUAAUCGCAAUUUUGACUUUUAAUAUUUUAUGUUACUGUAGAACAGUCCACUCAAUUAGUAAAAAUGAUUAUACAAUCUCAAAUAAUCUAAAACUUUAUCCCUAUUCUUUCGUAAAUUUUCGUCCUUCCCCCGAAAUGUCCCAAAUACUAAAAAAGAAGAAGCUGGAUUCUUCAUCUUCUGAGGAUUUUAUCCCUACCAAAAGGAUCACAACUUUAGAAGAGCUUAAAAAUUACGAACGUCUGGAGGAAAGGACUAAAGUGACUAUUACUAAGGAUAAGAUACCAUUAUUUGCCAAAAAUGAUAUGUUCAGAAACACCGUUAGGAACCCGUUAAAUUCAAUUGACUACUAUAAAAAUGACGAAAGUGAUAUCAGAACAUAUAUUCUAAAAAGAUGGGAUUUGCUCCCUUCACCUUUGAGAGACCUCAUCACCAAUGAAUCAAUUGAUCAUUCAACAGUCACCCAUAAAAUAAAAUAUGAAGAUAUUACAACAGAGGAGGCCUUUAAAUUGGUGGUGAAUGACGAUAUUGGAGUCAUGGUAGGAUUCGAAACUGUAGGCCACAUAGCACACCUGAAUGUCCCUGAGGAGAGGUCGUCCAUAAAGAAACUUAUCGCAAAAAUUAUAAUAGAUAAACACAAACACAUAAAAACUGUAAUAAAUAAGAGGUCUGAAGUCCAGAACCAGUUCAGAACAAUGGACAUUGAACUGCUGGCUGGAGAAGAGAAUUACAUCGCAAAUUUGGUUGAAAACGGAUUAAAAUUUGAGGUUGAUUUUGCAAACGUUUACUGGAACUCUAGACUAAUUAAUGAAAGGGCUAGGAUACGAGGUCUUUUAGAUCCUGACGAUAUAGUUGUUGACAUGUUCGCAGGAGCAGGUCCAUUUGCCAUUUAUGCCUCGAAAAAGGGCUGCAGCGUACUUGCAAAUGAUUUAAAUCCUAUUGGUGCAACUUACAUGAAAAGGAACAUUGAAAUAAAUAAAGUACAUGACUUGGUCAAGGUAUUUAAUAUGGAUGGAAGGGAGUUUUUGAUCGACGUCAUUAAGAAGAAUAAGAUACUUGACAAAAAAACGCUAGAGUGUGAUGGAAUGGCGCUGAAGGCUAGUGGAAAAGUUCACUUAAUAAUGAACCUACCCAAAAUAGCAAUUGAGUUCCUUGACACAUUGAUUGGAUUGGCAGAUAAUAUUGAAGAGGAGAACAUGAGAAAGCUGUUAGUACACUGUUACUGUUUCAGUGCUUCAGAAGAAUAUGAAAAAGAGAUCGAGCAACGGUUAUAUAAAUCUAUUGGUAGAAAAUUACCAGAAUAUACAAUAACACACGUAAGAGGAGUUUCACCUAAGAAACAAAUGUAUUGCAUCGAGUUUGAGUGCCCAAUUUCAAUAUUGAGGGGGAAUAAGGAGUAGAAGGAUGAUAUUAAUGUUGAAAAGGAUAGAAUGUGUAUAAUUAUAUCACUCCAUAUCGUGA